AUGGCGGAAACGAAUAACUUCGAGUAUCUCACUCUCGAGAGGCGCGGCAAUGUCUUUAUUAUUACAUUGCAGAAGGGCACUGAGAAUAGAUUGAACACGAAGACAUGCCAGGAAAUGAUCCGUGCCUUUAACACAGUAAGAGAGACGCUAGGGCCAAGCUCUGAGGGUGCCGUGGUCACGCGUGGGAACAACGACAAAUUUUUUUGCACCGGGCUCGAUCUCGAAGAAGCAGAAACGAAUCCGUAUGCGAAUGCUGACGGUUUUUAUCCUUUACUACAUACGAUACUAGAUUUUCCAUUUCCAACCGUUGCUCUCAUUACUGGACAUACAUUUGGUGGAGGAUGCCCAUUGACUUUCGCUCAUGACUACCGCGUAAUGAACUCCAGUCGAGGGUUCAUUUGCAUGCCGCCGGUUGAUCUAGGCAUGCAUUUUUCUGGAGUAGGAACCCUUCCCAAGCUCAAGUUACGCCCGGAAAUAGCGCGAAAGGUUCUAUUGGAAGGCCACAGGUUCACUGGGAAAGAAGCGUUGCAGGAUGGCCUCGUAGACGCUAUCGCAGAGCCGGAUAAGAUGCUAGAAGUCGCAUUAGGAAUAGCAAACAAAUGGGCACCGAAAGCAAAGGCUGGAGUUUAUGGGCUUUUACGCUCAGAACUUUGGGGAGAAAUGAAUAGAAAUGUGCAGCAGAUUAGCUAUGUGCAUAGUCGGAAAACUUUCUUGCCAGGGGCAAAGAUAUGACGGGAGAAACACGGUCGACUGUUCGUUCAUAGGAAGACAAUAUAUGACGCCGUCAAUUCUAGUGCUAGCUAAAUUCUCCAUGUUUGAGCUCACACAAUAAUCCAUUAUCAGCA